CACCAUCAUUAGGAGAGUGCGAGGAGAGCGAGAGGAAGCAGCCAUGCUCGCUUCGUCCAGUAACCGAAGGUCGCAGCCACCGAGGUGUUCCUCGCCGCCCAGCAUGCGACGAGUGUACUUCCCUAAUACGACAAUCCAAGAUAGAAACGACAAAGCCAGCCCGAGCUCAUUGCAGACGUUCCCAGCGCUUUGUGGCAAGCACGUUCUGCUGACCCAGCCUAGUGCUCACAGCAGCUCGGCCACAGAUGGCUUUUGGGACCGCUACAGUCCGCAGCACUACAGGCCCGACUUGGCGCCUGUGGAUUCCUCUACGACUUCACUGUUCGGGAGACGUCCCCCAUCCCCAGCUGCGUUGAUCGCGGACCAACAGGCCAUCACUCACAGACCCUUUUCACCAAGACCAGGUCCACACUGCUCAAGCUCACCAUUCGGGAGCGGCUGGUCCGAUGACUUCGAUCAGCCUUCCUCAGACGCAACCUUCCAAGCAACGCCGCCCGCAGAGGACGGCGGCACUUCGGGGCUCUCCUGGCUACGCAACAUCGGCGUCGGCAUGCUGGUCGCUGCCAUACUGACCGUGGCGCUGACCAUGGCGCUGACCAUGGACCUACAGGACUCGGACAUCGGGCCGUGGCCAGCCACGCCGAUGCCGCGAGGGAUGGAGAACAUCGGCUCGAGAAAGAUCGCCAUCCCUCUGCGUCCGAUUAUCGUGCCGCAGGACCGAAGACACGGAGCGAUAUUCCGCCCCGUAUCUGAGGCGCACAACGUUACGCGACGUCUGCGACCUGCUCCGAGAUCGGAACCACCCCGCCUGCCAUGGCCCCAAGCCGAAAACAGAACGCUCUCGCACCGGUGCGGCCACCACUUCUAUACCUACUGCCACGAACGCCGCUACGAGGUCUACUACAGCGCCACCUUGCGCGCCUGCACUUCGACGGAGGCUGGCAGCGUGCACGUGUGCAACCACGGCGCCAACAGGUUCGCCAGCAUGGACAGCUGCCUGACCAGCUGCGUGCACGUCGCCAACGGGAGGCCUCAAGACCGUUGCUACGAGGCCACUCUCUUCGCCACCUGCUCUUGGCAGGACGCGACCGAGACGUGGUGGUACUACGACGGCACUGCCUGCGCCGAGUGGAACUUCCCGCUGGGCAACUGUCCGCUGCAGGACGAGCGGGUGUUCCGCACCCGCCUCGAGUGCGACGAGGCGUGUCUCCGUCGGCAGAGAGGCGGCGGGCGACGACGCUGCGACGCUCCCGACGCGGCCACGUGCACGCCGCCCCAGCUGAAGUACCCGUACUUCGCCAGCAUGCUGGCGAAUGGUGCCGCCCGCUGCGUCAGCGCGUCCGGUCACGAACUCAGCAGGCACCGCUGCCUCGUCGGGUCGAACCGAUUCGAGUCGGUGGCAAGCUGCGAACGGGCCUGUGUCAAUCCCUGACGCACUCCGCGAAGCAUCAGUGUAGUUUCGUACUUGCAGCCUGCAGGGUUGGAUCCGCGAAUAAAUAUGCCGCAAGCGCUGCUGUAUGUAAUGAAGCCGCAAGCGUUUCCUUAGCUGAUGGGCUAAAUUUGACCGCUUCUCCUCCUUCGCUACAACGCUUACAGCCGCUCGAAAACCGGCCACAUGGUCACAUAUACGCACAUAUUUAUUCAUUUCUAAUACAAUGGCCUACAAAAAACUAUGGAAAUCUAAGGCAUCAGUUAACCGCAAUAUCUAUUGGUGAUUUCGCGUGAGCGCUGUUUGUGUUUCUGUGACCUAAUUGUCCAUUUUUUUUACAGUGAAGUUGUUUGUAGGUAGGAUCUGCAAAGGACGUGUCCGAAAUGUUGACAAAAACAAAUUAUCAUGUGGGCCGUUCUUAGUGCAAGUGCAGAAAGGGUCCGAGUACCAGACGCCCAACACCUGUGUACCCUGCAUUGGGCGCACGUUGUUAGAUACGGGACCUUUUCCUGAGCCUCCUUCGAGUUCACCAGACCACAUCGAAUCGCGCCAGACCUAAGUAAGGAACGCAGAAGCAGAUCUACCCCGUUCCCGAGGCGCGGCACGUGCAAACGAGUUGGCGUCCCCCAUCUCGUGCGCCGCAGGUGGAGCUAUUCACUGCUUGACUCUUCCCGAAAGUGUAGCGGGAGCCUGGCACGGUUCCAGGUAACGCAGGUCCCGAGCAAAGCUGCUUUGCAGCACUGAAACGUCGCCUCCUUCAGCCUAUUGUGGCGGCGCUUGCAAGCCAGCAAGGCAAUACCGCAGAGAGAAGUAAGCACUCGGACAAUUGGGGCCCAAGGAGCGACCCUCAGUGCCGGGUGUGACACAAUCGCACGGGCGCCUACCAUCGGCCGAAAAUGGCGACACCUGAGCGAGCUCUCCGAUUGGCCGAAUGUGACGUGACUUCGACACCGAACGGCUUAAAAGCCAGAGACCGGGAGCAGCAAGAGAGCAUUGCUUGAUUCAUCUCUUUCG